CUUAGAAAUGAGAGAGGAGGAAGGGAGGAACCCAACUGCUUGAAAAUAAGGAAGCUAAAUAAAAGACAGCAAAAGAAGGUAUUCCCCAAUUUCAAAGAAUUUCCUGGGUCAGCAGUAGCAGCGGCCACCAUCACCAAAAGAAAAUAUCCUCAAGGAAAAUGACUAGCAAGAAGAUCAGCCUUCCAGCAAAAUUAAUCAAUGGAGGUAUAGCUGGCCUUGUGGGGGUAACUUGCGUUUUCCCCAUUGAUUUGGCCAAAACCCGUCUCCAGAAUCAGCAAGGACGAGCAGUCUACACAGGCAUGCAGGAUUGUUUGGUGAAGACAAUACGCUCAGAAGGGUUCUUUGGCAUGUAUCGAGGGGCUGCUGUAAACCUCACUCUCGUCACUCCUGAAAAGGCGAUCAAGUUGGCAGCCAAUGAUUUCUUCCGACAGUUGCUCUCCGAGGAUGGAAAAGAAUUGUCAUUGGUCAGGGAAAUGCUGGCUGGCUGUGGAGCUGGGACAUGCCAGGUGGUGGUCACAUCCCCAAUGGAAAUGUUGAAAAUUCAGCUACAAGAUGCUGGACGGCUAGCUGCUCAUCAGCAGAAGGCCUUGGGGCUGGAGGGAACAGCUGCUGCUACUUCUCACCCACCAAAAGGACAGCCUUACACCACUGGGUCUAUGGCAGCCCCUAAACGCCCUUCUGCCACUAGGAUUGCAAGUGAACUGCUGCGCACCCAAGGGAUAGCAGGCCUGUAUAAAGGGCUAGGGGCCACCCUACUCAGGGAUGUGCCUUUUUCCAUAAUUUAUUUUCCACUCUUUGCCAACAUUAACAAGUUGGGACAGAAAACCUCUGAAGAAAAAGCAUCUUUCUUGCAUUCAUUUGUGUCUGGCUGCAUGGCAGGAUCUGUGGCCGCAGUUGCAGUCACUCCAUUGGAUGUUCUAAAAACUCGCAUCCAAACUCUGAAGAAAGGACUGGGAGAAGAUACCUACAAUGGAAUAACUGACUGUGCCAGGAAGAUCUGGAUUCAUGAGGGUCCUUCUGCCUUCAUGAAAGGAGCAGGAUGUCGUGCAUUGGUGAUAGCUCCUCUCUUUGGCAUUGCCCAAGGAGUCUACUUCAUUGGCAUUGGAGAAUGGAUCAUGAGCUUUUUCAAAUAAUACCAUCUUGCAUUUGAAGAAGACUCUGGAUUAAGUUUUCACAAAUUCCAAAGAAUCACUGGAAGACCAAUAGAACCAUCUGGUUGUGAGCAUUUUUGUGGGUGAUAAAGAACCAUCCAGGAAGAUGGGUUACAAGAAAUACCAAUCCCGGGGUUCACCAUUGCUUCUUUUUCUAAUCAGAUGACUUUUGACAAGCUAGAAUAUAGAUGUUGUGCUUCUAAACAGAUAUAUUCUAGGUAAAUCUUCAUUAGAUUAACUAGAUCUGAUAGAGCCUUCUUUGACUGAAAGCAUAUUUGAAAGCUACGGUAUCUGUAAAAAUGACUAAAAUAAUAACAAAUACAAUAACAUGUAGCACAGAGUGGAAGAAGAGGUAAUCUGCUUUUGGGGAAGUCAACCUGCACCCCUGAAUCUCCUCUGACUAUAGUCACUAAAAAUGAGUGGCAUGUUGUUCUGUCAUUUUGAGUUUGGAAACCCUAAAAAAAUUAACAUAAACCAUGAAAUAUGCUUAGUGUUGCUUUAAAAAAAGGAGAGAAAAUCCCCAAACUCCUUCCAAAAUGCAAGGGAAAAGCUUUUAAAAACCUCCUCCAUCAAUGCAGCUCUAGGAUACCCAAAAUGUUAAACGUAGCUCCUGACCGUCCAGAUUGCCCACUCUUGAUCUACAUGGGAAGUAUACACUCUGUGGGCCUUUUCUCUGGUUUGGAUUCUAUUCACUAAUCUCCUACUUUCCUUUAUAGUAUUUUUCUUAGGUUUCCCCAAGGAUGCAUGUAGGCCAUCAUUUCAUCCCUUGCUGUCCUAAUCAACACCUGGCCAAUUAUGGAUGACCUCCCCCCCCCAAAAAAAAGGGGGAGCUGUAGGUUAGACUGGGAAGUUAGAAAAACAUCCGGUAAGAAAGCAAUGGCAAACCAUUUCAAUAUUGUUGCUGAGAAAAACUACAUGUUUAUAUUCAUGUGGUUGUCAGGAACCAGACUUGACUUGAAGGAGUCUAUAUUUUUAUGCUUUGUAUGACUGCAUGCAUGGACUUUGUGCCUCUUGAUUUUAUUUGUGCCUGGUCUAAAUUGUAUAGUCAGAUGUUUUAGUUGCACAGAUUGCCAUUCACCAACACUGGACACGCCAAAUUCUUCCUGCAGCAUGGCUGAUGUUUUAAAAGACAUUAAAAAUAAGCUGAUCUAGGGUAUUA